AUGCAACUGGAGGAUAAUUCAUCAUCUUUGCGAUCAUCAGUACGAAGUUACCGGUCGUCAAGAUUAAAUGCUGUUAGUAGUGAGGCUAGCGAUAAAAGACGUUCUGUUCGUGGUCGGCGUUCAAGCAUGUCUGUAAAAGAAAUUGUAGAUGGUACUGAAGUUACUAAAGAUGUGAUUAUUGGAGACGACAUGGCUAAAAUAGAUGAAGGACAUUCUUCUCUUGUGUCUGCAAAAAUAGCUGCUAUAGAAGAAGAAGAAAACCAUUUGAUGAAUUAUAUGGAAAAAUUAAACAAUGAAAAAGAACAAUGGGAUAAAAUGCUUCAGAAUUAUGAGAAGAGUGCCGAUAUUGCAAAGAAAGAGGUGGAUAAACCGAUUCUAUUUAGUCCAAAGCGUAUAGAAGAAGUACGCAUUGAGUACAUGGGUAUCAGAGACGCUCCAUCAUCCAUCGAAAUUGCUCUAGCAAUGAAGCCAUCGUUGCAAAAGAAAGCUGAAUCACAGGUAUUACAAAACCAAAAGCUGAAAGCAGAGAUAACGGUUGCUGAAGAACGACUUCAUCGAUUGCAAGAAAUGAUCAAAAUACAAGAAAAAUAUUUGAAUUACCAGAGCAAAGAUGAGCUUUUAGCACAAAAAGCUGAAUGUGAUGCUGUUCUCUUGCAGAUUGAAAACUGGGUGACAGAGCAUGGAUUUUCUGAACGUCUUGCUGCUAUUUAA